GAAAAAUAUCCCCGAACCCCGGCAUUUAGUUCUAAUUUUCAUAGUAUUUUAUUUCAAUUAGAAAUUGGUGUGCAUGUAGCGUGUUGUUUUUCUUUUGACUUGCUAAUAUACGAAUUUCAAAUUAGUAAGUUAAUACUACAGUAAGCUGAUCAAAGGAUGGUAUUGACUGAGUGAACGCUUUGGAGGAACGUUUGUUUUAUGGUCAAAAGGCGGGUUUGUGGGCCUGAAUUGCUUAUACUUUGCAAAAUUUUGUGUCAAACUGCAUAUUGUGAAUUGUCUUUGAGUGUAAGAAUAAAUUAAACAAUGAAUCCACUAUAUCAGGAUAUAGCAGCUGCGUUUGUACAGUCGUACUAUUUACAUUUCGAUGAUAAUGAAAAACGAUCGACCAUGGCCAGUUUUUAUGAUGAAGAGACAUCUCUUAUGUCUUUUGAAGGUCAGAACCUGCUUGGAAGAAGUAAAAUAAUGGAAAAACUAAAUUGUUUAACAUUUCAGAAAAUUGCCCACAGCAUCACUAAGGUCGAUUGUCAGCCAAUGUUUGAUGGUGGUGUUUUAGUUUGCGUUUUAGGUCAACUUAAGACAGAUGAUGAUCCUCCUCAUACAUUUUCUCAAACAUUUGUUCUUAAACCUUACAAUGAAGGAUUUUAUGUGCAGCAUGAUGUGUUUAGGAUAGCAGUACAUGAUGCAGCAUGAUACUGUGGUUGUCUUCUAUCAUCUUUUGUUGAAACUGCUAUUGUUGCUAUUGAAAAAAAAAUGUGUUUCCAAUUUCAUUGUUACAAGUGUUAAAAAAUAGGGAGGGAUUCUUUUUCAGCAGAAACAACAUUUUGUUUAAUGUUCUUUUUAUUGUAUUAAGUAUUUUGAAUCACUUAGAGAGAAAUAAAGAUGGCCUAAAGUAUUUUUUUUAACUACUUUCUAUUUAUAAGUACAAAUCUUCAGUUUUAAGAAGAAGAAUUUGCAUUAAAAUGUAAUUGCUUUAUUAUACAAUCUUUUGAAUUUAUUAUCCAUUUUAAAUACACUUUCUUAAGUAUGUUAACAGAAUGUUUCAAGACAUCAUGCUUCAUUACUUGUAAAUCAUAGCAUCAGCAGGAUUUGUUAGUAACAGUGCUCACAAUUUAAAAAUUUUAUCUCCAUAUCUCAGAACUUUAUACUAGAGAUAUAACCUUUAUUGGUUCAUAACUUCCGUGUUCUAGUUGUUUUUUACUUGACAACAGCUACUACCCAUAUCUGAAUUGGAAGAAGAGGUUUAUUUAAUUAUCUUGUAUCAAUUCCAAAAAUAAACAUUUUCCAUAGACAGAA